AUGGAUAAGGUACCCUACUCUAAUGUAGUUGGAUCUAUAAUGUAUCUUAUGGUGUGUACAAGACCAGACUUAGCCUAUGCUAUAAGUGUCUUAAGCAAAUACAUGGCAAACCCUAGAAAAGAGCAUUGGGAGGCUAUGAAGUGGGUGUUUAGAUAUCUACUUGGUUCUACUGAAAUGGGACUUAAGUUCACUAAGAAACUAAAUUGCACUUUGAUAGAAGGAUAUAAUGAUGCCGACUAUGCAGGUGAUAGGGACAACAGAAAGUCUACUUCAGCAUACUUUUUCUUGGUGGAAGGAAACUGUGUAAGCUGGAUAGUACAACUACAGCCAGUAGUGGCCUUAUCAACUACAAAAUCUGAAUAUGUAGCAGUAACAGAGGCUAUAAAGGAGGCAAUAUGGAUCAAGGGUCUAAUGGAAGAACUAAGCCUUUUAAGAGAAAAACCUACAGUCUAUUCAGAUAGUCAAAGCUGCAUACACCUAUGUAAGAAUCCAGUUUUUCACGAUAGAACAAAGCAUGUAGAAAUAAAAAUAUCAUUUUAUAAGGGAUUAGGUAACACAAGAAGUGGUCAACAUCGAGAAGGUGCCUACUGA